CGUCCCUGGAUGAUAGUUUAGCUUGUUAGUUAGCUUUGGUAGUCACUGGCCCUCCAGAUGUUGGUUUGGGAGUCCUAGCCAAGCCCCUGUUACUAUCUUCUUCUGACUUCAGUCUAUCUCUGGAUUUGGACGCUCCUCUGGAAAGGUUUGGCUGCUGCUGCUUUUGGUUGAUGGUGAGAUCUGAGUCUAGCCAUGCCUGAAACGGGACAAGAAAGCAGUAGCACUCCGGCCAAGGAGUCCCCCUUCUCCAUCAAAAGUCUCCUGACCUGUGAGCCUACAAGGGCAGCUCGUCCUCCUAAAGCUCUCUUCACUCCUAUCAAGGGGACCCUAGAUGGGACGGCCUUUGCCCUGUCCCCCCUGACAGAUUUCUCUUUCCCCCGAUUGGAGAUCCCAGCGCAGAGGUUCGCCUUACCUGCCCAUUACCUGGAGAGGUCCCCAGCCUGGUGGUAUUCCUACACCUUAACGCAUGGAGGCCACACUCCGAGGACUGAAGUGUCUGAGAAGAGCCUGCUGCUGGGGCCCUCCUCACCGGUCUCUGGGGGUGAGAGGGACACUCCUGAACCUAUACACCCCAUCAAACAAGACCUAGACGCCAAAGAGAGCGAUUCCAAGAGCCCCGAGGAGAUCAUCUUGGAAGAGAGUGAGCCUGAGGACAGCAAGAAAGAGGAAAGUGGAGAAGACUGGAAGAAGCGAGAGGACAGUCCGGAAAAGAAGCCCUGUAGGAAGAAGAAGACUAGGACCGUGUUCUCCAGGAGUCAGGUCUUCCAGCUGGAGUCCACUUUUGAUAUGAAGAGGUACCUGAGCAGCUCGGAGAGGGCAGGACUGGCUGCCUCUCUACACCUGACUGAGACUCAAGUCAAGAUCUGGUUCCAGAACCGGAGGAACAAGUGGAAAAGACAGCUGGCAGCAGAACUGGAAGCGGCCAACCUCAGCCACGCAGCUGCUCAGAGAAUAGUAAGGGUGCCUAUUCUCUACCAUGAGAACUCCUCCAGUGCAGAGAGCGGAAGCUCUGCGGCCAACGUGCCAGUCAGCCAGCCACUUCUAACUUUCCCCCACCCAGUGUACUACUCCCAUCCUGUGGUCACAUCAGUCCCUUUGCUCAGGCCAGUCUGAGACCUAACUCGAUCUCCUUGGCAGGUGCCACUAGGUCAGGGAUAACUUGUAAUCCCUGGUCCUAGUGGAAAGGACAGCUCAACCAAGAGACAGAAGCUGCAGGACUCCUCAAACUGUGUAAGUACUGAAAAUGGAAGAGGAUGAGCCUAGAGCGCAGAGAGCACCGCUAACAAAAAUGAUAAUCAAAAAGGACUCCAAAAAUACAGGGGCGAGCUCUUUUUUUCUUUUAUUUUUUUCUAAACGUGAUGAAAAAAUGCAGGUUAAGACUGAAGACUUUUUUAAAUUUAAUUUUAUAAAUAGAGAAAAAAAUAAGGAAGCCCAUUUGGUGACUUGUUCAAUUUGCCAAAAUAUCCAGUUUAGAAAGAACUGCUCUUAAUCCAAAGUGAAUCAUUUCACUCCCAGAUGAGAAAACAGCGGAUACUGUAUUUUUUAAUUGAAGAACAUUAACUAAAUUAAUUGUUUGUACAAAUGGUUGUUUUUGUUCGAUUUCGUAAAUUUUAUUUCCUGUGUUGAAGUUUUAACCCCUUUACCCGUACUAUUUAUUAAAAAAAAGCGCAUCAGAACUCCUAAUGUCCAGGACAUCUAAUUUUCACCUAUACAUCCCUAAGUUUUAAUUUAAAAAAAAUGUAAAUUUUUCACAAUUGUGUUUUUAGAUCUCUGUUUUGUAAUAUAACUAUUGGAUUGUGCAAUACGAGCAGGUAAUGGUUAUUUCUCAGCUCUUUGAAAUAAUAAAAAUAAAAUAUUUUAUUUUUGCUUAUUAGACAAUUAAGGAAACAUAAAAUAGAAGGGAAUUUGGAUGAAAUAAGGAAGUAUAAUAUCACCAGUAAUAAUCAGUAAUAACAGGGUGAUAUGACAUGGGGAAGACAAAAGUCAAUUAAUGUAUAAUUUACACAAUGAGGCUUGGAGUGUAAGAGAGGAAACAUGAAUGUUUAAGUAUAUAUUUGCUCUGCAGUGAAGAAGCUGGGCUUUGUAAUAAAGGGACAAUCAAUUAUGUAUUUUAAGUUAUUUUGUAAAUGUAAAGUCUGCUUGGAUUGUUGAAGCUGGUGGGACUACCAGUUGCACAGUCCUUUAUCCCGGUCACUUGUUGGAAUAAAAUCUGUAGGUAUGAGAGCGCAGGACACCUUCUCCCAACUUGUAUCCUGAACAAACUACUGUCUUUUUUAAAUAAUAAAAUAUAUUUGUUAAAUGAAUGUUUGUUGUGUAAAAUGAAAUAAAAAUACACUUUCCUUA